AUGUCCGUCCGCCAUACGUCGUUCAGCACAGCACGUGUGGUGACAGCGUUUACUCUUUCCCGCAGAGCCCCAUCGGGCGGACCGCCACAUGAUUCAGAUGCUCGACCGGCAAACCUCAAGGUUGAAUCGGCGCGUGGGGUGUGGAGGGGGAGACCGCCGUGCUGGAAACAUAUGUGGCAACCAGGGCAGGGCGAGGUCCGAUCUUCACGGGCCACGCACAUCUCCCGCCCGAGAUGGUGUCGAUAA